AUGUCGGAGUUCCCUUCUCUCUCACUUCUCGUUGCCAACGCCGCGGAAGGAUGCAAAAAGACAAUUUUGGCUCUCGAUGCGUUGGGCACUGGCAUCAGCACGAGCCGCUCCACCUUCUCAUCCCUGCUAUACCAGUGCCAGCAAACCCAAGCCGUGUUAGCGAGGCUCGAGACUUUCUUGGAAGAAGAACCCUGGGACAGCGCGGAUCAUGCCCUUGAGAACGACUGUUGUAGUAGUUUCGAAGUCGCAGUCCAGGCCAUCUGCGCGACAACUCUUGAGCUCGGUGCAGAACUGAGCCGCCUACAACGGUAUGCCGUCGGGUGCGAUCCGUUUGUACGGUCCAAGUUCAACCCUGUGCUGCAAGACUCUUUAUUCGAUGCCAGAAGUGAUCUAAGAAGGAAUAAUGCUUCGCUAAACUUGAUACUUGAUUGCAUCCAAAGCGGUAUUCUCGCAGGCGUAAAAGCCCAAUUACAGCAGCCCGUGUCAGAAAAACCAGCAGAGGCCACGAGGAUGCGGCCUCAUAUGGACAUUUCGCUCGUGAAGCAGUCUACCAGACCACACAUCCAGCAGCAGAUGAUGAAAGUUAGGCCGAAACCAUCAAGAUCGUUCAAGCUUGGAUCACAGCUUACAAAGAAGCUCCACGAGGCGAUAGCCACCAACAACUACCACGCAGUAUGCAAGUGUCUUUCCGAGAAGGCUGAUCCUAAUGCCCCCCAUAAAGACUCCAAGAUGACACCCAUCCAUCGCGCGCUGGGCCAGGCUGAGGAGGCUCUGGGCUGCGAGGACGAGAUCGCCUCGAGGGACUCCUCGUUGAUCAUCACAGCACUGGUGCUCGCUGGCGCUGAUCUUCGAGCUGUGGACGAGGAGCGCCGGACGCCCCUCGCUCGUGCAGCGAAAGGGGAGAUGGGUGACGAGCUGGUUGCCCUCAUGCUGGAUUACGGGGCAAAUGUGAACGCCACGGAUAAGGAGCAGAACACGCCGCUUCAUUACGCGGCCAUGCAGCACGCGUCUGCCGAGAUGGGUAACAUGAAGACCAUCAGAAUACUACUCGCGCUCGGGGCAGACCAAAAUAUCAGAAACCAGCGAGGACGCACAGCGUUAUACAAGGCCGUAAUGUGGGAAAACAUCACGCAGGCGGCCGAGCUGCUUGACUAUGGAGCAGACCUCGAUAUAUCCGACAACAACGGUUGGACAGCUCUAUACGGGGCUGUGCUACAGGGAAACGUCGGACUUACACAGCUUCUGUGCGGCCGGGGCGCCUUUGUGGACAAGAAGGACAAGACUGGGCAGACGGCCCUUCACUAUGCCGUAUCUCAGGGUCGGCAGGACAUAGUCGAGGUUCUAGUGGACGCUGGCGCCGAUGUGAACAUCAUCUCGAAAGGCGAGACAGCACUCUGCCGAGCAACGGCGAAAGCGAAUGCUGGGUUGGUCAGCUACCUCUUAUCUCAAGGGGCAGAUGCUUCGGUUCCAUCCCUAGGAUAUAAUGGGGCAUUGCCGAUCCACAUAGCUGCUGUUGGGAAAGAUUUGGAGGUGUUGAAGGUGCUUGUCGAGAAGAACCGGGACUUAAUCAAUACCCCAGACACGGAAGGGAAAACACCGCUCGUCUGGGCCAAGGAAGCCGAGAAGACGGAAGCGAUGCACUUCUUAUUAAACAUGGGUGCUAAUGCACAGCCGUAA